ACCCCCUCAAUAAACAGCAAAGAGUCUCAUCUUACUCACAAGAAUCAACACUACAUUCUUUUUUGUUAAAGAAUACAGUUUCAAUCCUCGAAAGGCUAAACUCGAUAUGGCCCGUUGUUCCGAACUUCUUGCUAUUUGCUUAUGUAUUCUUUUGAUGCUCUCGUGGUGCGAAGCUUUGAGUAGCAACGUUGAUGAUGGAUAUGGCCAUGAAGAUGGAAGCUUCGAAUCCGAUAGCUUACUCAAGCUCAAUAAAAACGACGACGUCCUUACCUUGAUAAGCUCUGAUGAUAAUACCACUUCGGCAUCAUCAACUGUUAGUGUUUCCGAUUUCGGAGCCAAAGGAGAUGGAAAAACGGAUGAUACUCAGGCCUUCAAGAAAGCAUGGAAGAAAGCAUGUUCGACAAAUGGAGUUUCUAAGUUCUUAGUCCCUAAAGGCAAGACUUAUCUCCUUAAGUCUACUCGAUUCAGAGGCCCUUGCAAAUCUCUACGUAACUUUCAGAUUCUAGGCACUUUAUCAGCAUCUACAAAACGAUCGGAUUAUAAAAACGACAAAAACCAUUGGCUUAUCUUGGAGGACGUUAACAAUCUAUCAAUCGAUGGCGGCUCGACGGGAAUUAUUGAGGGCAACGGAAAAAUCUGGUGGCAAAACUCAUGCAAAAUCGACAAAUCUAAGCCAUGCACAAAAGCACCAACGGCUCUUACUCUCUACAACUUAAAGAAAUUGAAUGUGAAGAAUCUGAGGGUGAAAAAUGCGCAGCAGAUUCAGAUUUCGAUUGAGAAAUGCAACAAUGUUAAAGUCAAGAAUGUCGCAAUCACUGCUCCUGACGAUAGUCCCAACACGGACGGUAUUCACAUCACUAAUACCCAAAACAUUCAGAUCUCCAAUUCAGAAAUUGGAACAGGUGAUGAUUGUAUAUCCAUUGAGGAUGGAUCCCAAAAUGUUCAGAUCAAUGACUUAACUUGCGGCCCCGGUCACGGGAUCAGCAUUGGGAGUUUGGGGGAUGACAAUUCGAAAGCUUAUGUCUCGGGGAUUAAUGUAGAUGGUGCUAAGCUCUCUUCUACUGACAAUGGAGUUAGAAUUAAAACUUACCAGGGAGGAUCGGGAACUGCCAAGAACAUUCAAUUUCAAAAUAUUCGUAUGGAAAAUGUCAAGAAUCCGAUCAUAAUCGAUCAGAACUACUGCGACAAGGAAAAAUGCGAGCAACAGGAAUCGGCGGUGCAAGUGAGCAAUGUGGUGUACCGGAACAUAAGCGGUACGAGUGCAACGGAUGUGGCAAUAACGUUUAAUUGCAGUGAGAAAUAUCCAUGCAAGGGAAUUGUGCUUGAGAACGUUAAUAUCAAAGGAGGAACAGCUUCUUGCAAAAAUGCCAAUGUACAGGAUCAAGGCACCGUUUCUCCUCGGUGUUCUUCCAAUUAUUUCCUUAUGUAAUAUAACAUACAUAUAUAUAUAUAUAUAUUGAUAUACAUGUAGAUGGUGUACUCUACGUAUUGAGUCUUGAUAUAUGUAGAAUAGUAAAGAUAUUAUGGGAUUAUACAUACACUAGUCUUAAUUUGUCUUAUAUAUAUGUAAUAUAAUAAGUAAUAUUGAUUGUUUCUAUUUCCCUGAAUAAAUGAAUAAGAUU